AUGGCUCGCGUCUCCAAACAAGCCCGAGAUGCUAACCCGCCCAGCAAUACAAUCCGACGGCCACACCGCAAAUCUCGCAAUGGCUGCAAGCAAUGUAAACGACGUCAUAUGAAAUCAAAUCUUGUGGCCGCGAUCGGGGCGGCCGGUUUUCAUCCUACGGAUGGGGUUGAAUCCGAAACUGAAAGCUUACUACCAGAUGUUUACAACCUCGGUCAUCUCGCCCUCCUACAUCACCUCGAAAGCAACCUGCUCAACUCCGGUGACGCAGGUCUUUUCCCUGAUGCCACGAAAGCAGGGGAGAUCGCCAAGCUGAUCUUUAAAUCCGCCAUAACGACUCCGUUUCUUAUGGAUGAGCUUCUCGCUAUGGCUGCUCUUCAUCUGAGCACCCAGACGUUUGAUCCGGCAGAGAAGAACCAAUACCUCCACCAAGCGGCACAGCUCCAGACGCGAGCUCUCGGCCACUUCAACGCAAUCCAACCAAGGGUUUCCGAUGAAAAUUGUACAGCCCUGUUCCUGUUUUCCUCAUUUCUCGGCCUGCAUACGCUUUUCGACACAACCAUCUACCAGAGAGAUUUCACCGAGUUUCUGGACAAGCUUAUCCAAUUCGUUACCCUUCAUCGCGGAAUACGCACCGUUACUCGACAAUCUUGGCACAUCAUUAAUGAGACCGAGAUGAAACAUAUCAUCGACCCAAUAAGCGCGCUCGACCAAUUGGACCCUCAGCUAACCGUCUCUUGCGGUGAGUGUGACGGGCUCCUGGCCCAUCUUGCAGCGUCCAUCGAAAGCCUCGGUCCCUCCUCAUUCAACGCAUGCUGUGAGGCUGUCAAGUCGCUCCAGUGGGUCAUUGGGCGGCAGCGUGGUCUUCCCGACGAGCUCCAUCCACAUAUCACAAUGGCAUGGCCAGUACUCGUCUCUUUCGACUAUCUACAGAUGCUUAAGCAGCGAAGGCCAGAGGCACUAGUAGUUCUAGCCCAUUGGGCCGUGCUCCUAUAUCGCGACCGUGAGUUUUGGGUAUUUGGCGAUACUGGUCGAUUCAUGAUAGAAUCCGCCAUUUUCCGAGAGUUUUCCCGAAUCCCGGAUGAUGCAAAACCUCACGCCGGUCGAUUGUCCAAAAGUUCGGUUUCAAGAUUCAAGGGCGGAGAGCCUGCGGCCCGGUUUUUACUAUUAUAUGCUUUUGAAAAGGCUGUGUCGUUACGUAGUGGUCAGGCUCGCCAAGCGUAG